GGCGAAGAUCGAGAAGGAGAAGCGCGAGCUGGCCAAGCAGCACGGGAUGAUCCGGACGGAGUUCAGCGGCGGAGAGAUCGCCGAGGAGAUGGAGAAGGAGAGACAGAUGUUCCAGCUGCAGAUGUGUGAGUAUCUUCUCAAAGUGAACGAGAUCAAAGUGAAGAAAGGCGUCGACUUCCUGCAGAACCUCGUCAAGUACUUCCACGCUCAGGGCAAUUUCUUCCAGGACGGACUGAAAGUCAUCGAGAGUCUGAAACCGUCUGUAGAGAAGCUGAUGAUGGAGCUGACAACGGUGAGACACACACACACACAGACAC